AUGAAGCCCUGGAGAGCUGCUACAGGGUACCAUGCCAGGUCCGAAACAGGUCAGCUAUGCAUGACAGCGCAUUAUACAUCGACCAACGAAUCGUGUAUCGGUGGUGGCGCGUGGCGGCUCAUGGUCGACAGAGUCAUGGGCCACUUGCGCAACGUCACCGUAUACAAAAUACGACUGAUCUUCACUUCUCAACAAGUACGAUGCAUCCAAGUCUAUAGAGCCUCCGUCAAGCACACAUUGGUCCGGACAUAUAUAAUAUAUACAGCCAUAACGGGCUCAUUGUGCUCGAAACCAGCGCCUUCGAAGCCUUCUACCACGGCCUCUGCAGACGUCGUCAUCCAGACACCAAACGGCAUACACGAUGUCGGACUACACCACAUAGUCAAAGAAUCCAAAACCUACAGCUCGAACAUACGGAUCACAGUCGACGGCAGGACGGUCAGUGGGAUUAGCAAGAUUGAGAUGGAGGGGCUGGAUCUGGCCAUGGGCAAGACAAUGACCAUCUGGGCAGAAGGCGAGGAUGCCGAUGAAGCUGUGCAGAGCUUACAAGGUCUUGUCUCUUCGCUGAAAGAUGAUGAGCCACCAGCAAAGAAAUAUGACCUGUAA